AUCAUUUUCUUCACAAACGAAGAAAAAGCUAAACUGGUAAGAGGAGAGAGUACGACGAAAUACUUCACAUAAUCAGGUAAAGGAUGAGGCGGAGACCGGGAAUCGGAGGUCUGCAGAACGCCGCGGCGGCUAGGGAUCAAUAUCGAUUGUUAGGGGAAAAUGUUGCGAAAUUGAGAACAGAUCUUAUGAAAGAGCAGCUCGCUACUUUUCGAUCUCAGCUUGAAGAUUUCGCUCGCAAACACAAGAAUGACAUUCGCAAGAACCCUGCAUUCAGGGCACAGUUCCACGAGAUGUGUGCUAAAGUCGGAGUAGAUCCUCUAGCAUCAAACAAGGGUUUCUGGGCAGAACUGUUGGGGAUUGGUGACUUCUAUUAUGAACUUGGGGUACAGAUUAUUGAGGUUUGCCUAGCGACUAGACCCCACAAUGGAGGUUUGAUAAGCUUGGAUGAUCUUUGUAAACUGCUUGGUCAGAGACGGAAAGCUGUGCGCGAGACAAUAUCUGAAGAUGACUGCUUGCGUGCUAUAAGCAAACUGAAGGUAUUAGGUAGUGGUUUUGAGGUGAUUACAGUGGGAAAGAGAAAGCUUGUUAGAUCUGUCCCUACCGAACUGAAUAAGGAUCACAAUGAAAUAUUAGAGCUGGCCCAGGCUCAAGGUUUUGUGACUGUUGAUGAGGUUCAAAGACGCCUAAACUGGUCUUCAGGUCGUGCAACUGAUGCGCUUGAAACACUGUUAGAGGAAGGGCUUGCCAUGAUCGAUGAUGGACAUAGAGAUGGCAAACGUCGAUACUGGUUCCCUUGUGUGUCCUCUGUCUCCUCCUAUGUAGGUGCAGACACUCUUUAGCGUUUUCCUUGUUCAGAUAUGAGAAUAUUUCACUUUGCACCACGAACUUGGAGGAUUGUUUCAAAUAGAGAUGCUACUUUUUUAUCCGUUUCCGUGGUCCAACAAGCUUUUGAUUUGCAGUUAUUGCAUAUGUUAAGUGUGUUACCCUAUUGUGUAAUCUUAGUGUUGAAUCAUUCGUUGUUAUGUCGUACACUUCAACCAAAUUGGUAUUAUAAAGUUGUGAAAGGUUGAUGGUAUUGCCGAGGGUCUAUUGAAAACAGUCUUUCUACCCCCACAAAGGUAGGGGGUACGGUCGGCAUAAUUCCUACCUUCCCCCAUACCUCAAUCGUGGGAUUACACUU